AAACAAAGGAGAAACGUCAAAAGCAGAACCAUCCGCAAAAUCACGAACUAGCUGUGUCCUCGUUUUGUGUCAGUGAAUUUCGGCUUGCGGAGCGCGUUUUUUGCCGAACCGAAUCCGUGUUUCUCGUUUCGGGCAAGCUACCCGUAGGCCGUGCACCGCCACAUUUGUAUUCACCGGAGAGUCGUGCAGCCAGCGUCGGCGACAGCAGCAAAAAUGUCCGCAAUAUCCGCCACCGAGAAGCCACAGAUGCAGCAAAUCGACCUGAGCACGCUUAACCUCCAGCAGCUGACUCAGCUAAAGAAUCAACUUGAUCAGGAGCUUACGUUGUUCCAAGAAUCACUGCAGGCGUUAAAAAUGGCCCGCGUCAAAUAUUCCGGCUCAAAGGAAGCGUUGGAACAAUUCAAGCCCGACUGGACCGAAAAGCAAAUCCUGGUUCCUCUGACAGGGAGUAUGUACGUACCAGGGACAAUCAAGGAUGCGGAUAAUGUGAUCAUAGACAUCGGCACUGGUUACUACGUGCAGAAUGACCUGGAGGGUGCGAAGGAUCUGUUCAAGCGGCGUGUAGAUUUUGUGCAGAAACAAAUGGAAAAAAUAGAAGUACUUGGAAUGGAGAAAUCGAAAAUUCGGGAUGCCAUCCGGGAGGUCAUGGAAAUCAAGCUGCUGCAAUUCGAAAAAGAAAUGCAAAAACAACGGGAAGCAAUUGAAAAAUAGUUUCCUCCCUCGUCACAGCCAGCCCUGUUCUGUUUAUCGCUUCAUUCUCUGCUUUAAUUGAACAAGAUUUUAUUAAUUUAUGCUUUCAUAAAUAAUCGAUCACCGUCGCUCGAAUUCUGAAA